AUGAGCGUCGCCGAUCUCCGUGGCAUGGUCGACUGCAGCAUAUCCGACGCGGGUGCGAUCUUGAACUUUUCGUCGCAGGUGGAGCUCUUGAAGAUGGUUUUCAGAGUUGUUUUCGAAGAGGAGCUCGCGGCGGCCAAGAACCUCUGGACAGCAGGGCUCAGCCGCGACGGUCUUCGGAAGGCGGCACGUGCAUUUCCUUCUCAAGGAUCGCUUGCUGAGGACCCAGAAUUGGAAGAGUCGCUCUUGGCCGUGAUACGGGCAAACAUUGCAUUGCAGGAGAAGAACGCGCAAAAUCGCUUCAGCAUGAGGCCCACCAAUGCCAAGCGGGUGCUGGCCACAGGAAAUUUCGACGCAGAGAGCAGACAGGAGAUAUGCGACGAGUUUCUUGGAAAGGUCCCCGAGAAGCUCCCUUCAGUUCAGGUGCUGUCCCGACACGAGGCGCUGAAAGUCAUGAACCGCAGCCUGCGCCACUGUCCAGACCUUGCUUUGGGCCAGAGUUCUGGUCUGCGACAGGCUGCAUCACAGACCAAGGCAGCCUUCUGCGCCGGUCUCACGGAGCCACACAGCGGAGCAUGCGACCUCUUCGGCGACGAUCAGUGUCUCAGAUUCCGACGGAGACUUGCUGAGCGUGUGGACACCUACAAUGUCUUCACGCAGCUUCAGUGUGAAGUGAACGCAAUCCUCGCUGCCUUACCAGCCAGAAGCUGA